ACAGUCGAGAGUGUUACCGCAUCGGAGGCGCUAGCUUACACGUUGUUUAAAUUCUGGUGAAGUGUGUGACCUCAGGCGACACAAUGCGUUUAGUACUCUUGUUAUCAAUUGUACUGGCAUGUGCUGCAGCUCAAGAAUCGUUUACGACUGAUACAAUAAAUGAUAAAUUAAAUAACGUAGAGCCGAAUCCAUCCGUGCGACUUGAUCCCUACAUUCGUAAAGCCUUGUUGAAGGCACUCAGCGAGUUGGAAGAAAGCACAAACGUUAACGAAGCAGAAACGACGGAUUCGACGUCAUCUUCAAGUGCUGAAACAUUGAGCACUAAUCAACAUGUCGGCCAACCUCAAAUAAACGAGAAUAUACAAAUUCAUUCAUUUGUAGUCAAUGGUCAAGAAGCUUUUAAAAACAACUCAAACACAGCGCCUACGUUGUUAGAUAAUAAGAUAUCUAUACUUAGCACAACUGUUGGCAAUGUUGAAAAUUAUGUAACUGCAACGCUGCCCACGCAAACUCCAUUCAAAGAAAUUUUUCAGGCUAAAGAAACUGGAGUGAACCUGCAGCAAAUAAGAAGCAUAUCGAAUACACCCAAAUCGAAUUUUAUUAGUGACCAGUUUAAUAAAUUUACGACAGCAAAACCCCGUUUAAUAUCCACCACUUCAACAACGACUACAACCACAACUACAACUCCUAAACCAACUCAUGAUGAAGAUGGCGUUAAUAUAGAAGAAGUUGACAAACGGGAUGUACAAGUUUAUCAAGCACCUUUAGUUGCAGCGUUUACUGUACAUCAAGAUGCACAUGGCAUUCCUAAAAAAGUUAUUCCAAUUUAUCAACAGACCAACACCAAUAACCAAGAAUUAGUAAAAGGUGUUUCUAAUAUUAUAUCUCCACAAGGUUCUAAUGAUACACCCAAAUUUUCCUCUUCAGAUUAUAUUUCUCAUCAACUUACAUUACAAAAGCAACUUGAGGAAAAGCAAAGAAUAUUAGAGGAACAAUUAAGGCUUCUUCAGAUUCAACAAAGACAACAAGAAGAAUUAUUGAGAAAGCAACACUUUCUACUUCAGCAAAAAGAAGCGCAAAGGGAGCAACUUUUAUUUUUAGAACAAGAGCAAUUAAAAAGACAACGUAACGAACAACAAAAUGGGUCCCAAAACAAUAUACAACAGGCUCCCUUAAUAAACAACGUCGGACUCAAUUCACAGGGAUCUCAGAUAACUAUUCAGCCCAGUGUUUCAUUAGAUCAAAACCAAAAUUUAUUAGCUAAUCAACAAUUACCUAAUAGAGAAGCUGUUGAUUUUCUCAUUCAUCUCCGUAAUCAACAACCAGAACAAUUUCCUCUGCAAAGCAAUCACCUCCCACAAGGCAUAACUAACUUUUUACAACCCAGUCAAUCGCAGCACUUUGUUCAACACCAAAACAUACAGCCAGGAAAGCAAGGAAACCGUGUGUUCCGUCACGAAAGUGGUGUAGGAAAUUUGGGUUUUAAUAAUCCUAGCUAUAAUAGGUUCAAUACAUUCAAUCCUAUUCAUUCAAACGGUUUCUUCUCCUUAAGUCAGCAAAAUCAAUAUAACUCUGACAAUGAAUUAAAGCAGCUAUUGUUUCAAACUGGCCUGAAUGGCAGAGCACACGAGGAUUUAAAUAUUGUAACAAAGGUUUUGUCACUCAAUCACGGCGUUCCCAUUAAUAACAGUGUUUCUAACAGACUUGUUUUCGACAGUAGACGACAUGUGAGGCCGUCAUAGUAAGUGGUUUGUUUUCUUGCCAAGUUGCCAA